GAGAGUUGUUUCCCUUGAAGAUCUUUGAGAGAAAAAAUGGAGGACAAGUUACGUUUUCCAAAGUAGGCGAUAUUUUGUUAAAAAUGAGCACAUAUCGUGCCACUGAGAAUUAUGUGUAUAAAACAGACGAAUGUAUCGGGCGUGGUGCCACUGGCGAUGUAUACAAAGGUGUACACAAGGUUACGGGGGAGCAUUGUGCCCUCAAGCUGUGUGACUCGCGCUUCACCCAGCAGCUCCAGAGGGAGGUAGAGGCCAUGCGCCAACUCCAGCACCCCAACAUCACCAAGUUCUACCAACUGGAGUAUGAUAAGGAGAGUGCCAAACCAAUCCUAGUGAUGGAACUGUGUGAGAAAGGGAACCUGUUGGAGGUACUAAGGGAGCCCAGCAAUGCCUUUGGUCUCCCAGAGGAAGAGUACCUCAGAUUCUUUAGUCAUUUAGUGUCUGGCAUGAAGCACCUUCGUCAAAAUGGAUUCUCCCAUCGUGAUAUAAAACCCGGAAACAUCUUAGUGUGCAUAGCAGACGACGGCAGUUAUGUCUACAAACUGUCUGACUUCGGGACAGCUAAACCUCUCAAGGAUGGAGAUUUCUUCCAGUCUUUAGUUGGAACAGAAGAAUACCUGCAUCCGGACAUCUUCAAGGCGGCCUUCAUUGAACGCCACAGACCGCGUGAGUUUGACAUCUCUGUGGACUUGUGGAGUCUGGGAGCCACACUCUAUCACACCGCCACUGGGAAGGUUCCAUUUCAGCCAUUCCAUGGGCGUGGGGACAAACAUACCAUGUUUCAAAUGAUAUCUCAUAAAGAUCCGGGAGUGAUAUCUGGUGAACAGACAUCUGCCACUGGAGAUAUCAUCUGGUCCAAGGAGUUGCCCAAAACUUGCAGGCUAUCAAAAUACCUUAGAGAUACAUUGACAGAGUUCUUGGUUCGUCUGCUGGAAUGUCAGGCCAAUCGGAUGUGGACAUUUGACGGAUUCUUUGUAGCCGCUGAUGAUCUCCUUCAGAAGCAUAGACUCUACCUCUUCUCUGUGGUGGAUUCAGAGCUCUAUCAUAUUUAUAUGGACCCAACACACAGGUUUUCGGAGUUACAGAAGUGCGUUCAGGAACAGACCUACACCCACAUUAAAUCACCAUGCUUCAUGUUUCACAACCAGGACCUCAAGGAAUCUGUUUCUCUGGAGGAGCCAGUGAGGUCCUAUCCAGUAACCUCAGCAGAAGAGCCUAUUGUGGUGUUACCUCUCAGAGAGGGGACCUCGCUCACUACAAGGAUACCAGUGGACUCUAUAGUCAACCUAGUUAAUGAAUUGAAUCCUAAAUUUGAGAGUGAGGACAGUUCAUCUCGUGAUGACGACUACCGCGCGGCUCGCUCCAUGUGUAGUACCACCGCGCUGAUUCUCAAAGCCAUCAGUCAGGCAGCGUCAGCGUGUCGGUUGUUGAGUAAAUCAUCAAGAGACUGCAGAUAUGCCGCACGACAGAAAUAUUCCUCCUUGAAAAGCAGUGUGAAGAAUAUAGAGGAUCGCUACAGUGACAUCAGGCAGAUAGUGGACAGCGCCAAAAUGAAAUCUACGACGUUAUUUACGACCAUUACUCUGGAUGGACAUGCUGCAGAGGAAAAGUUUGAACAAAUAAACAAUAAAUUGGAUUCCUGCGCAUCUUUACUGGGCGAUUGCAAAGAGAGACACAAAAAAUUGGAAGAAUGGACCAGAUUAAUGGAUUGUUUUAAGCAGGAAAACUUGAGGUCCAGUGUCGAGCGGACGUGUAGUCAGAUGUCGGACAUUCUACAGAAGUUCUCAGAGUACAGGAAGUCACCGAGGCUCUCGUACCACGAAAAGAAACUAUACGGUUUUGACAAGACCUCUAUGACGUAUCACUAUCAGAGAGCCGUGUCCUAUCUAAAGAAAGUUCAACAUUCCAUGGCUUCAACCUUUACCUCAUUCAAGAGAUGGCACAGUGCUUAUAUAAAGGUGAUAGAGAUGCAUGAGAAAGUUGAUGCUGCCACGAUGGAAGUGUCAAGGCAACUACAAGAAUACGUCUCUUACGUCAAGGUAUUAAAAAAAGACCCCAUUCUGUCGUCAGUAAAGAAACCCUCCAUGAAGCAAAGACAACUGGCAGAACAGGUCAAAACAAGGGUCAAUGUCAUUAGUCAAGACAUGAGUGAGUCCAAACAGAUAGCACAGGAGUCCCGAAUCCAUAUGGAAAGUUUGUCGUCCCUGAUGCUGGAUGAUUUGGAGGACUGUGAUUUAUCAGACUAAACUUUCACUAUAUGAACUACAGCAGAGCUGUUCCAUUGUUAUAAAAGACCAAAGACAAGAUUUUAAUUUGUAUUCAUUUAUUUUUAUGUUUUGUUUUUUUUGUUGAUUAUAUUUUUUAAAAAUUGUUAUGUGAUUUACUAUGCCUGUUUUUAAAUUGUAAUUUUAUAAGCGCUUAGGGAUCAAUAUGUUGGAAUGGUUUCAGGGGCAACUUACAAGUAUGAUCAUGUAAAAAUUCAGACAUUUUUUGAAAAAAAUAUUCUGUUUAAUUGUAGUCAAAUCCCUUAUUCUUAAGCACAAAAGACAUUUUAAUCCAAAAUCUUUUAAUUAAUGCAAAAUAGAACCAAACAUUUUGUUAUCUAUUAAUGGUUGUUAUUUCUGACUCUGUAUAGUACAGUUUUGUUUACGAAACUCUGUUUCGUCUGAAAUGAAUGACAUACAUUUUUUGAAUAGUCUAUAAAUUCUUUUCUUAAUAAAUGAACACUGUAGAUGAACAUGUAAAUGUGUUUUGAAAAAAAAUUCUUAUUCAGAUUAUUGUGAAAUUUGUUUAUUAAUUGAAUUUAAUAUAUAUUUUACAUGUGUUAAAUAUUUUACAGAUGACAGAGAGCAAUAAAUUUUUUUUAAUUAACACUUUAUACCU